AUGUUUACGUAUAUAGGUAUUUCUCUGCCUUUUCUUUCCUUAUCUCCCUCUAUUAUUUACUUUCUUUUUCUAUAUUUGUAUUUAAAAAAUGGCCCUGACCUUCGUAAGCCCAAAAAUACCUCCACUGAGUGUAUCUUUACUGCACCUGCCUCUCCCGCUUCAAUGUCAUCCCAUGACACAAACACAGAAGCUCCGUCCUCAUCGACACAGCCAAGCAGUCAAAUCACAGAUGAAAUUGCCAGUGGUUAUCGAACUUGUUUGCGGUAUUUCCUGCCUCCCAACUGGAAGAUUGACAAGGAAUCCGUGUCGAGUAUGUCACUAGCUGACCUGGCUGCUUUUCCUUUGGAUGACUUCUUUGAUCAUUAUGAGAAAGGACUCAGAAAGUUGGUUGGUAAGUUCCAAACAGAAGCAGCUCUCAAAAAUGAAGAAGCCGACAACUACAAGAUGAAAGUGACGUCUUUACGUAAACUUGUUGUUCAGUUGCUCAGAAGAACUAAUAAGGGUAGCAAAUUCUUUUCUUUUUUUGUUCCCCCUCCCUUUUUUUUCUCCAUUCUUCCACACUUUUUUCUUUGUCUUUCUUCAUUUUCUUUUUCGACAUUUCAAUCAGAAGUGCUAAAAACUUUGACUAAAAUUGUACACCAGUUGCCUUGUGUAUCUAAUUUUGUCAGUAUCAACAGCUGCUCUCUUUUCUCCAGGGAACUCAAUGCUAAUGCUCCGGGUCACCCUUGGGCAAGGUGUAACACAUAUCGCUUUCUCAAUAGCACAGCUAACCCUUUAGUGGCAUCAUACUGA